UCUCGCGCAGUCCCUGCUCCAUUCACAUGUAAAUCAGGCUCCAUAAAUGCACCCCUUGGUCGCCCACUUUUGCACAAUACCCGCCUCGCUUGUUAGUACCGUGUGUAGACCUUUGUUUCAGACUGUGCUCGCCAGCCAUCUGCCCUCCAUUCAGGAGUCUUAACGGCACUGCCUCGGAUAUCGGAAACAGCAAUAUGGCCCCUGCAUCCCGCAAUGGCAAGAGUGAGGAUGACUACUGUGGGAUCAAAGGAGACCGAAAGACGAGAAAGCCCUUGGUGGAGAAAAAGAGGCGCGCCCGCAUUAAUGAAAGUUUACAGGAGCUGCGCCUGCUACUAACAGACUCAGACGCGCAUACAAAGAUGGAGAACGCUGAAGUCCUGGAAAUGACCGUGAAACACGUGGAAAGUAUUCUUCAAAACAGAGCAAAAGCAGCUGACAGCAUCAGUCGUGAGGCGAGUGAGCGUUUCGCUGCAGGUUAUAUUCAGUGUAUGCAUGAAGUGCACACGUUCGUGUCCAGCUGUCCCGGUAUAGACGCCACCAUUGCUGCGGACCUGCUCAACCAUCUGCUGGAGUGUAUGCCUCUGAAUGACGAAGAUCGCUUCCAAGAUCUGCUUUCUGAUUUAAUGGGAGACUGUGCUUGGCCGGGCGAGGGGAUGUACGCCGUGCUUUCCCCACGUGAAGGAAGUGCCAACGGCAGACCUACGGAUCUCUCUCCAUCUCCAUCCAGCACAUUAAGUGAUGAUCUGUGCUCUGACAUCGACGAGACUGACACCGAGCACAGUCACGUAGACAGUCGGGACAAUCAGGAUAAUCUGCCCACUGUAUUUUAUUCUAAAUCUGUUUGGAGGCCUUGGUAGAGCUGGUCAGAACCCUUGAUACAGCCGUGAAAUGUAUGCAACAGAACCUGUGUAGCUGUUAGUGCACAAGUUAUUAUGUAGCUCAGAAAGACUGGACAUGUGUGAGAUUUUAGCUUGUAAUGAGAGAUGUCUUUUAACAGUUCUGAAAAGCUCUUCAUGGUGAAACAGCCUCUUGUCAACCUAACAACACUGCAACAUCAGCAUCUUUGUAGCGUAUUUAAAUGUUUUUGUAUAAGCUAAAUUAAGACGACACUGUUUUGAUGAGUAUUUCUUGGAAGUGCUUAUCUGUAUCUUAUUAUUGUA